AUGUCCUCGCGAAAGAAGGUACUUCUGAAAGUCAUCAUCCUUGGUGAUUCAGGAGUUGGCAAGACGUCCUUGAUGAACCAAUACGUCAACAAACGAUUCUCGACUCAAUACAAGGCUACGAUUGGCGCGGAUUUCUUGACCAAAGAAGUGUAUAUCGAAUCACCAGACCCCACUCAGGCUUCAAGUGACCCUCAACAACCACCCUCCGGUUCUGCUUUGACCACCAACACAAAUAACGGCUCGGAUCGAGUCGUCACCAUGCAACUAUGGGAUACAGCCGGUCAAGAGCGAUUUCAAUCGCUUGGAGUGGCGUUCUAUCGUGGGGCAGAUUGUUGUGUACUAGUUUUCGAUGUCAAUAGCUCGAAAAGCUUCGAAACACUUGAUAGUUGGAGGGACGAAUUUCUUAUCCAGGCUUCUCCCCGGGAUCCAGAUAACUUCCCUUUUGUCGUAUUGGGUAACAAGAUCGAUGUAGAAGAAAAUAAAAGACAGGUAUCACAAAAACGAGCGAUGAGUUGGUGCCAAUCCAAGGGCAACAUACCGUACUUCGAGACGUCAGCAAAGGAGUCGAUGAAUGUCGAGCAAUCGUUCAUCGCUGCCUGUCGAAACGCAUUAAGUGUUGGAGACUCGAUGGAUGACGGUUUCGCCGAUUAUCCCGACCCCAUCAUGUUGAAUUCCGAAGGCCAACAGAGCUAUGGAUGCGGUUGUUGA